AUGUUCCAACGAUCCAUCUUCAGACAGGCUCAGGCCAUCCGGUCGGCUCUGGCCACCUCUUCCUCCACAACCUCUGCGCCGCUCGCUCUCCGCCGGACAUCACGGUUCCAGACACAGCUGCCCCGGCCGUUCGUUGCCCAUUCCGCUGGUCGUCGCUUCUACUCUACCGAGAAUGGCGAGCAGAAGGAGGCUCCCAAGGAGGGCGAAACUGCCGAGGAUCCCGUGCAGAAAGAGCUUGAGGCGGCCAAGAAGGAGGUCGUGGACCUGAAGGACAAAUACCUUCGAUCCGUCGCCGACUUCCGUAACCUCCAAGAGCGCACAAAACGCGACAUGGACGCCGCCCGCAAGUUCGCUAUCCAGGGCUUCGCCAAGGAUCUCCUGGAAAGCAUUGACAACUUCGACCGCGCACUGCUGGCCGUGCCCGAGGAGAAGCUCGACGCUGCCCAGGCUGAGAGCCACAAGGACCUUCAGGAUCUCGUCGCCGGUCUGAACAUGACCCAGAACAUCCUCAUGAACACACUCCAGAAGCACGGCCUUGAGCGCUUCGACCCCGGCGAGCUGGUUGAGGGCAAGCCUCAGAAGUUCGAUCCCAACCUUCACGAGGCCACUUUCAUGACCAAGGCUGAGGGUAUGGAGGAUGGUGAUAUUAUGCACACUCAGUCCAAGGGCUUCAAGCUCAAUGGACGCGUUCUGCGGGCCUCCAAGGUUGGUGUCGUCAAGAACGCCUAA